AUGGAAUGUAAUAUCUGGGCACCGCUGCAUGAUUGCAAGGAAAUAGGGUGGGACCGAUUCUUUACAUCUCGAACUCAGUCAAGGAUGACAUCACAACGAGAUCCACAUAUCAAGGUGUCGGGUAAAAUCGGCAACGUUGCUUCGGCAAAAGAGAAAAUUAUGGCAGUUUUAGACACAAAGAGCAACAGGGUAACAUUAAAGAUGGACGUGUCCUACACAGAUCACUCACAUGUUAUCGGUAAAGGAGGAAAUAAUAUUAAAAAAGUAAUGCAACACACAGGAUGUCAUAUUCACUUUCCUGACUCAAACAGAGGAAAUCAAGCAGAAAAAAGUAAUCAGGUAUCAAUAGCAGGACAGCCAGAAGGUGUUGAACAUGCUAGAAGGAAAAUAAGGGAACUUUUACCGCUCACAGUUAUGUUUGAAUUGCCGAUUACUGGUGCCUUGCAACCCGUUCCAGAUAUCAACGCUCCCACUAUACAACAAAUUGUGCAAACAUAUAAUGUGUCUGUCUCCUUUAAACAACGACCCAGAAUGUACAUAACAACUGCCAUCGUCCGAGGUUGCGUGGAUAACCUUGUAGCACUGAAAGAAGCCACAGCGAGACUUAUAGAGCAUCUCACGGGCAAUGUUGGGACAACUGUUCCUGUGAGUAUGCAGCUAGAAAUUGCUCCUCAGCAUCACUUGUUCAUGAUUGGUCGAAGUGGUGUGAAUAUUAAACAGUUGAUGCAACAGACAGGGGCUAGCGUUCAUUUUCCAGAUCCAAAUAGUUCACCCAGAAAGAGUACUGUGUUUAUUUCUGGUAGUAUUGAUUCAGUUCUACUAGCAAGAGAUUUUUUAAUAGGUUGUUUACCACUAGUUUUGAUGUUUGAUAUGAAAGAAGACGUUGAUAUCGAUCAACAAAAAAUAACCCAACUCAUGGAGCAGUUGGAUGUUUUUAUUAGCAUUAAACCAAAACCAAAACAACCAAGUAAGUCAGUCAUUGUGAAAAGUGUUGAGAGGAAUGCAGGAAAUAUGUACAGAGCAAGGCAGAUAUUACUUGGAAUGGACACAGAAAUGCCAAUUUCAUCUUUGUUAGUAUCGUCAUCGUCAUCACCAUUAUCAUCGACAUCCACAGCUCCUGCUAUCAGUAUUAGUGAUAGUCUUACAUCUGGACUGGGACUCAACAGUCUCAACAGUUUAGGUUUAUUUGGUGGAAGCGCACUCAACGUAAAUACCACCCCAAGUAUUCUUGGUAUAAAUGGACAUAUAAGUCCGCUACAAAGUCCACAAAACUCAGGUACAUCAAGUCCUAAUCAUUGGCAGCCAUCAUCACCAAAUGCACCAACAGGUUAUCCAGUGACACCGAUAUUUGUUACACAGCCGCUCAACCCAGUACUCCUAGCACCGGGACCAACUUCAUACCCUACCCCAUCUCCUCCUCCAGGGCUAACCCCCCUAGACAACAUUCAACAACUUACACAACUUUCUCAACUCACAGAAGCUUUCAAGCAAUCCUCAAGUAGUCAUCAGUCUAGUGAUUCAUCUUAUUUUAACUCCCAGAGUGCCUUUGAUCGUGUGCCUACACCAGAUGUGGGUGCAAGCAGCAACCAAAGUAAUGGAAGCAGUCCCAGCCGAAGUCCUUCUUCAAGUCCUCCCACGAAUGUACGGCUGAAUCCUCCUGUUAAUAAUAAUGUUGAUAUAUGCACGAUGAAAUCUGGAUGUGGAUACGUAGAUGUUCUGAUCCCUAGCAGUUAUAAUAACCAGUCUUUACACAGUAGUGGUAACAGCAGUAGCAAUGCUAUGACUGAUCUCAACUCCGUCCUUGGUGUCACCACCAGUCCUCCGACUUCCAAAAAACAGAUUGUUGCUCUGCUGGCUGGAGCUAGAAAUAUUCCCUUACACCAUGGUGAUAGAAGGUCUUCUGAAUCAGGAGACAGUGACUGUUCAGAUAAGAAAGCGCCGGGAGCUGAAUGGAGUGAACGAGAGCGAGAGCAACGAGAAUUGGAGCGCAACUUUAUGGCUGGACAGUUACCAAUGUCAUUUGAUUACGAAUACAAAAAACUAAUGGCUACAAAAGCAAUGCAAAAAAGGCCGAUGGUGUCGGAAGUGAGAACGCCUACGGAUAUGUGGAGCGGGAUGGGAUUCUCAAAGUCAAUGCCAGAAGCCAUGAUACGAGAAAUACGAAAAAAAAAUAAUAUAAAACAUCCUUAUGGUGGGAGUACUUUGGACUCAACGUACCAGGGAACAUUGCCAGAAGAAUCCGAGAUGCCCCCUACUAGUAGCAGCUGUUGGCCGGCAAAGUCAUCGUCAGUUGCCCCUGGCGAAUAUCCUGUACAUAGGAAAAAGCGACCUGAGUACAGUUUAAGUUCAAGUAAUUACAUGGAUGGUACUUCACUGCCAUCGCCAACAAAGGGACUAUGGUCUAUGGCAGCAAAUACUACUUCUAAGCCUGACUUGCCCGAUUUAUUCAGUAAACUUGGGUUAGGAAAGUACACAGAUGUUUUCCAGCAACAAGAGAUUGAUCUGCAAACCUUCCUAACAUUAACUGAUAUUGACUUGAAAGAGUUGGGUAUUACAACAUUUGGUGCAAGGAGGAAAAUGCUAUUGGCUAUUUCAGAUCUCAAUAAAAAUCACAGAAAACCAUUUCUUGGCAAUACCUCCUCCAUUCUUGACCAGUCGCCUCAGCAGCACAGCGCAGGUCCAUGCUGGUAG